UACGGAUGAAUGUAUAUUCUCAUCUGAAGAAUCCUUUCGAAACAAGUAGGGGACAGAAGAGUAGGGGUGGUAAAACGGAGACACACUCUCUUCUCGCGAUACAGCCCGUUCGACCGUCGCCGCGCGCAGCCGAUGCCACGCGCGUAAAAAAAAACAAAUUGUCUAUGAAUUUUCCCGCUAGUUUUCAGUGCCGUUUUGAUUUUUUAAUUUAAAUCGUUUAAGGAGACUAGUUUUUGGUGAUUGUGCAUUGUUGGAUUAGUGGACUGUGUUGUGUGAUGACUGGUAGUGCACCAUGAGAGGCUUAUGGUUGUUUUUGCUGCUGGCGCAUACGGUUUGCGCCAUCACCGGACCUAGGAUAGAAAAUGACUUCGACAGAAGAAGACAAACUACGCUCGGGCACGCCGGCUUCAACGAGCACCAGACCAGAUUCGGCCUCAACUCGCCGCUCCAGAACUUCCAGCAGGGAGGCCUGGUCAGCAGCCCGGCCCCGGCCCUCCAGUUCCAACAACCCCUGUUCCAGCAGCCAUAUGUUCCACAGUUCAACAACAUCAUACCCACCAAUAUCCCUAACAACGCACAAAACCUCCCCCUUAACAACAAUGGAUUCUUCAACCAACCCAACCUUCCGAUCCAAAAUACCUUUCAACAACAAAACUUGGCACAGCUCCCCCAAAAUAACCUCUUGCAACAACAACCGACUCUAUCCACCUUCCAGAAUAACCUACCUCUCCAGCAGAACACCGGUUUCAACAACCCCCUGCAAGGCAACACUGUGAACAUCGGACAGCAGAGGCCGACUCAAGCGGCUUUCCUGCCAACUCUGCCUCCCACACAGAGUCAGCAAUUCCAACAAAGCCCUAUUACCAUCCAACAAGCUCCUAAUCUUGCUCCACAGAAUCUAAACCUUAACAAUGCCCAGAUUCCCUUCCAAUCGUCUCUAGGCCAGGCCCCAAUCUUCUCAAAUGGACAAACAUCUCAAAUUCAAAACUUUUUCGAACAACAAUCGCAAGAGAAUCUGGAAAAACUGAAAGAGCUUCAAGAGCGACAGCGGAUUAUCCAGAAACACCAAGAAUUUGUACAAAAACAACAGCAAAAGCAACAGGAGAAAGUAGAAAAACUUCACGAGGAAUUCGUAAGCAAACAGGCAACAAAGUCGUUGCCCACUUUUUCGACCACGGAACGCUACGAAGAUUUCUACAACAGAAAUCAGGAAAAGCGCAGACCACUUCUCGCGCAUGAGACGGAUUUAUUUAGGAAAGCUGUCGAAAUGUACGAGAAACAGCACCCCACUACCACAACCUCCACAACAACUACUACCACUACCACCACCCCGGCCCCCCCUAGAUACAGGACCAGAGCUAAGACUCAAACUAAAACAAGAGCUCCACCCCAAGACCGGGAAAAGCAGAAACUUUACAACGAAAUCAAAAAUCUUUUGGAAGAAAGCGAAACUAAAGGCUUUGACGACAGCUUGAGAGCUAAAAGCGUAGCGCUGCUUCAAAAACCUGACAUCCUCAAACAACUAAAAGUUGCUUUAGCUGAGAAUCCGGAAGACUUCAAUGAGAAAAACUUUACGUCGCGGGAGAUAUCUUUGAACGGACAGAAAUUCGAAGUUAUAAGAACGAAUAACCCCAAUCUCAUUCCUAAAGGCGCUAUAACCGCUGAUGGAUCAAACUUACACAUUAUGGCCUCGCCUGCACCACAAAAAGAAAGCAGAAUUAAUUUCGAUGAUCUCACAAAAGGUGUUUUGCCACCCGGUGCCGACUUCGAACUAAUACGACAAUCCGACAACGGAAAACUUGAAGAAGUUUCUAAAAUACCGAGCACUAUACAAAACAAGAAGAAAGUCACAUUCGUAUUUCUUGAAGAACAGGACGAUGGCUCAUAUAAAGUGAAAGGUGUCAAGGCAAACGGACAACAAACUGAAGAAGGGCCUGAAGUGGAAAACAUUUUAAACAAGAUAAAGAAAGGCGAAAUCCAACUUCCAGGACCAACUAAAAUAUCCAACGCAAUUUUCAGUUCCACGACAUCUAAUCCAGUCACAGAUACUACAGAUUAUAUAGCCGAGUCGUCCCACCACCCUUCAAGCUACUCAAGCUUUGUCACCACUUCGAACCACGGAACAUCUGGCCAUACAAACCCAAUCAUACACACAACACCUACACCAUCAUACCGAAGCACUACUCAGACAACGAGAAAUACUCAUCAACCUCAAACUUACACGCCUACAACUAGAAGUGUAACGACAACUGAAAGAUACGUCGCUAAAUCCACUUCACCUUCAUUCGUAGCUUCUAGAAACAACUUCAGUCCAUCAACGAGGAACAGCUUCCCAAGCUCGACUCCAUCUUACGUUACCUCCACGCCUUCUUACAGAGGAGAAGAUUUAGUCGUCAUAGGAUCAAGCUCACUCCCUCCAAGCGUGGAUGAAGGCAGUUCACAUCUUCAAUUCUCCAGACAAGCAAACCCUGGUCUAGUGGACAUACUGAAAGAAAACGGGUUGUUCGCUACUGCUAAGUAUUUGAAGCAAUCAGGGUUGGAUACGAUUUUGAAUGAGACUGGGCCGUAUACGAUUUUCGCGCCGACGGACAAGGCUUUCAGGACGCUGCUAGUGCAGCUUGGAGGCCCUGACCGAGCCGAGGAGAAGUUCCGAGACAACCCGAGACUGCUAAGUGGGCUUCUUCUGCACCACGUGAUCCCCGGAGCGUUCGACAUCGGUUCCCUCCAAGACGAGAUGACCGGAGUAUCUCUCGCGGGCACCCAACUAAGAGUCAACCAGUAUGACAUGCACGACGUCGAGUGGAACGAGGUUCGGGUGACGACCAUCAAUGGGGCGAGGGUGUUGGAUGAGAAGAAGGAUAUACACAUCCCGCAAGGCAUCGCGCACGCAGUAGACCGGGUGAUGUUCCCGUUGCCGGUUGGAGACCUGGUGCAGACCUUGCAAGCUGACAGAGACAGGCGAUUCACCACGUUCCUAAAGGCCAUACAUGCGAGCGGAUUCGCGGAUACACUUUCAGAAAGUAAAACCUACACAGUAUUCGCACCCACCGACGCAGCCUUCGCCCGCCUCUCCCCGACGGAACUCGCGCGCUACUCAGAAAAGAGUGCUGCGCGAGCGCUAGUGGCGCGGCACGUGUUGCCAGGAACGCUAUAUAGCGCCGGCAUGCGGUAUUAUCAGCUCAGGAAUUCCAUGGAGGAAGCCACGCCGCUCACACUACAGAAGAAUGCUGGCCGCAUAAAAGUGAACAACGCGCAGGUGAUAACCCACAACAUCCCGGCCACCAACGGCGUCAUCCACGCGGUCGACACCAUCCUGUAGCCGCCAUCUUGUAAACCUGAACUUAUCUGCGUUGUGGCGCGAACGUAAAUACCAUAGACAAUGAAUCUUAUUGAACCUUGAAUCACUGGGCAGGUCACAUCAAGAGGAUAGUACGAUACUAAAAUAGAGGAUUUGUCUCUCUCUCGCGUUUGCUGGAAAGAGACGAAGUAUUCUGAGAAGGCAACGUGCGUUGCAGCGGGGAUGUGUAAAAACUAAAAGUAGAGUCGGACCAAGCAAACUCUGUAAGGCAAAGUGUGGUAAUGUCAUUAUGAGAGCGUUUCUUUUUUUUGCCAUUUUAUACAGGGUGGAAAGAAAAGUCGGGUCCCGGAGGGAAACUACCUUAAAUCCUUAAGUUGGCUCAUUUUACUUGAAGGAGACAUUCCUUUAUUUUUAAAAAGAAACAAAACUGCAUUCAAAGUAUUUUUCUUUUUUUCUACAAUUUGGCUUGUCUAAAAAAAUCUUGAGUACUAAAUAUUAGAUUUUUUGGACAUUUUGUACGACAGACGAGUGUAAGACCUAAUGUUUCUUGGAGAAAUGUUAUCAUUAACAUUAACUGUAUCGACUAGUAGAAUAAAAUUGCGAGUUUUUAUUUUUUGGAAUUUUUAGUCGGUUCGAGUCCCGGGCAUGCAGUUUUGUUUCUUUUUAAAAAUAAAGGAAUGUUUCCUGUAAGUAAAAUGAGCCAGCUUAAGGAUUUUAAGGUAGUUUCCCUCCAGGGCCCGACUUAUCUUUCCACACUGUAUAUUGUGACAUUUUUGGCCACUUUUGUGUUAUUUCUAAUCAGGAUCGCGAGCCCCUUUCAUCCUUAUAGGAGAAAAAGUGUCCUAACAUUUUCAUACAUUUUUCAAAAUUUCCUUUUUGUUACCGCCAUACAACGUGUAUGGGGAAAUGGUAACACAAUAGAAAAAAAACUCUGGGACAUUUUUUUUAUCCCAUUAGAAUCGAAAGAGCUCGUGAUUCUAAGUAGAAAUAACACAAGUGGUAAAAAAGGUCACUAUAUAUAAAAAUGGCAAAAAAUAAAAGAAACGCUCAUGAACGAAUAUUUAUGAAAAUAUUACGUUUUGAGAGGCACUUUCAUACUUCGUCACUUCAAAGUCGAUGCAGAGUUAGUUUAAACGGACUUAAAUGUUUCCAUUUCGUAACUUUUUUCGAAAAAAGUUUCGGAAUGUAAGCAGUUUCUUGGUAAUUAGUAACAAAUCGGGUAAAUUUGACCUGUUUGCACCCAGUAACGUGGUUUUAUGAUUGGUAAAUGGUUUGUUAGAAUUACUUUAAAAUGGCUACGACGGCAGAUAAGUUUCAGGUUACCCGCCAAAUUAGCUUCAGUGAAGCUUAGUCUCCAUCCUGAUUUAAAAAAUGCUCAUCUGUUGUCUAUGGCUCAUAAAAUUUAUGAGAUUUACCGAAAUGAAAAACCGUGAAAUAAAAAUAAUUUUAAGUGUUGUUUGAAAAAAUUAAAACAAAUGAAAAAAUAUGACAAAUGACAUAAUGCGCUCAGUGUCAAGUGUCAUAUAGUUGUACACUUUAAAAACGUUAUUGAGUCCAUAGACAUCAUAGAUGGGGCCAAGGUUUUUUUGAGGAUGAGUACCGAAAGUAAUUAUUAGAAAAGUGACCUAAACCUAUCACUGUUUACAAUUUCUUAUCUUACCCAGUAAUAUUCUUACAAAGUAUUGAAUAAUAUACAUUAAGAUUAACGUUUCAAAACUGUUUGAAAAGAGUAAACGGUGGGCAAGUAUUAGAAAAAAAGCAUUUAAAUUUCUAACCACUGGUACUUUCAGCCCCGUAUUCGAAUUACUUUAAGACUGUAAAUAUAACUAGACUAAGGCAAUAAUUUAUGAACAUGCGUUAAUGUUUUUUGUAAAUAAAAUCCAUAACUUAAAACUUUGUUGUUUUAUUAAUUGUCAGAAAGCAUGUCAAAAAAAUCUGAUCGAAGUAGGUAAGUAAGUAAGGUAAGUGUAAUGUAAUGAUGUAAGGUUACCUAGGUUAAGUAACAAUAAAGCAAAUAUGAAUCUACAUAACGUCGUUGCGCUUUUCAAACCUGAUAUGUGUUCGAUUUUUGAUUGACAAAUAGUUACCUAGCAACAAAAUACAUAAGGUGUUAAUUCAUUUGAUUAAGAUCUCGCACAUAUAAGAUUUGGUAAGCGGCAACGACGAUUAUACAAUCAAUAUUAUAAGGCAUCAUUAGCACGAGCGCUUUUACAACGCGCGUUAAAAAAGCGUUUGAAUGACACAAAUGGAUACAUGUGUAUUUAUUUACACGAUAGCGGUGGCGCUUUUUAUCAAGCGAUAUUGGAUUUUAAGCGUUGGUCGUUAAAUCGAAUUUAGCGUGCGCACCGAUUCAAGCGCUUUUUAAGGUGCGUUGAAAAUGCGCGGGUGCGUAUGAGGGGGCCUAACAAUUCUUUUCGUGUUCUUGUUUCUGACCACUCUGUCACGCUUCUAUUUUUGUCUUUUAUCAAAUAAAUAAAAAAAGUUGAGUGCUAUUGCAUGUCUUUCUAGCUGUAGA